UCGCACGACGUGUCGUCACAUUUUGGGUCGGGAGCGGCACGGCAGUGGACGGGAGACGACGAUGGCCGCCCUCAACGCCUCCGCGUGCGCCGCCUUCCGCUCCGUCGUACGCUCGGCGGCGGAUUCUCCGGUCGAUGACCCGUCCCCCUCCCUCCCCGCCCGCGUCGUCCUCCCCAAGAAGAAGCCGCUCAAGUGGUCCACCGGCGUCGCCCCCGGCGAGUACGGCGGCCCUCCGACCACCACCAAGCUCCGGAAGUACUGGGGCGGCGGGGACGAGGAUCCCGUGACCGCCACUGAUGACUUCAUCUGGAACAAGGAGUUCCUCGGCCGCAUGCAGCAGUUACUCGACGAAGACCAGGCGACCCCCAAUCCUGUUCCUUCGCUGCAGAAGGAGCCGGAUUCAGGUUUCCUUAGCCUCAAUCGAGCUCUGAGUCUCGACAGCAUAGAGAUUGACUUGAGCGAAGAGCUGAAGCCGCCACCGAAGCCGGUGUUGGAACAGCAGGUAGAGGCCGCGAGGAAUGGCCUUUCGGCAACCGAAGGCACGAAUGAUACUGCAUCACCGAGGUGGAGGUUGGUCCCUACUCGGAGGGAGCAAGCAAAGUGGGAUAGAGCGAGUAAGGCGGCCACCGGUGGCAGUGAUGUUAUUUUACGAGAAUCAAAGAGGGCUCAUGGGGAUCCCAAGGUCUUAGCAGCCCAAUCACAAGAGCAGUAUAUUAAGUUGAAACGGAAGCUACAAAUUCUCACUGUCAGUAUUGGUGGCAUCGGAGUUGUCUCUGCAUACUUUUCCUACUCUCCUGAAAUUGCAGCCAGCUUUGGUGCAGGGUUGCUUGGUUCUUUGGCGUAUAUACGCAUGCUAGGCAAUACCAUUGAUUCAAUGGCAAAUGGCGCAAAAGGGUUUGUCAAGGGAGCUGCUGGACAACCAAGGCUGCUGGUUCCGGUUGCACUAGUAAUGAUGUAUAAUAGGUGGAAUGAGAUAUUAGUACCAGAUUAUGGCUUCAUGCACUUGGAGUUGAUACCGAUGCUCGUUGGGUUUUUCACCUACAAAGUUGCUACAUUCGUCCAAGCUAUUCAGGAUGCGCUGGAUGUAGUUGAGAGAAGGAGCUAAUCGUGAUGAUUCCCUGGGUUGCAGACGACACUCGACACUAUAUGUUUUGAGCAUGACACUGGAACCUGUUAGCAGUUUGAUAUCUUCUCUGCUUUGGCUUCCCCCAGGUUGGUGGAUUAAAUAAAGUUUAGUUCAAAUAUGAUAAAUAAAUGCUAAUUUACUUGUGUAUCUAUAUUGAUUACCACAGCAUGCUGCUUUAUAUGUCAAUAACAUCUUUGGAUGCAUCUAUCCAUCCAUGCAAACAACAUUUAGAUUCCCAAUACAAUUAUAAUCUCAAGCCAUCAUAUCCAUGCAUAACUGAUGUGUCUAUCUAACUGAUCUGUGCUGUUUAGGUUGACUAAAUCAUUGUUUAUGAUGAUGUUGCACCUCAAGACUCUUUUCAAGGCCUGUGUGUGUGGAUCCCACACACAUCAGAUGUAUAAAAAGUUUCUGAGGUGAAUUAAUCAACAUGAACAGCAUUGUCUUAUUGUUGACUAUAUAUGUCAAAGAUAAUUAUUCUGAGGUGAA